AUGCUUUUCCAGCGCAUCUGCUCUGUGUUCACCAUUGGGUUCAUUGUGAUCUUCUUCCUGUUUUUGCUCAAUUGCAUUGAUUAUAAGUGUCUGUUGAACCCGGAUUCCAGCUCCGACAUACGCCAUCGGAAAUUGAUAAAUUUCAUCCAUCUCAAUAGGAUGCUCAACAUCUCUUUCUUUUGGGGCAUAUGUUUUGUCAUCUUCAUCAGCUAUUGGAUUUGGCAGAUUCUGAAGCUCGUCUUUGAGUAUAAUGACUUGGUAAAGAUACGGGACAUAUAUACUCAUCUUCUGGACAUCCCAGAUCGCGACCUCGCAACGCUUUCCAUCCAAGACAUCAUUAAAAAGGUCAUCGAGGUAAACGACAAAUUCCCGCUGGAUCCUUCCGGAAUGCAGCUAGAUGCGCAUGGUACCGCACGUUGGUGUAUCUCACACGCUAGUUAUCGCAAACAGGAUAUUACGCAAGGAAAACUACUUUCUUUCUUUGCUGAACAAGAACAUUUUGGACCUUCAUCCACCAUUUCCGGUCGUUUUUGGUACGCAGCCGCUGCUCACCAAAACGAUGGAAAUCAACUUGUCCAUUUGCAUUCUUCAGUUUGUUUUCGAUUCAAACGGCCACAUAAGAAAAAAGUUUGUCGAAAACGUGCAAGUAAGCGAGCUGGCCCUGGAGCUUCGGAAGCGCUUUGUCAUCAUGGCAUUUAUGAACUUAUUGGCAAGCCCGAAUUGUACCACAAUCCAAAAAUGCUUGGAACGCGCCAAUACACCCCCUAUGCGCUAUGGCAAUUUCGGGAGUUGAAUGAGCUGCAAUCGUUCUUUGAUGAGCGCAUCAAUCAAAGCCUUUCGGCGGCAAAAACAUACACUUCGUUGUACCCGGGCCAUCUUGUCGCAAUUGCCGCCAAAUUUUUUGGCUUUGUCGCCGGAUCUUUGGCCUUUGUGUUGAUAUUAUGGGGUCUUUUGGUGGAAGACCUUUUAUUGGAUUUGGAAGUCACCACGGGAAGAACAAUGCUUUGGUAUAUCGGUGUAUUGGGUGUCUUUGUUGCCUUUUGCAGGUAUUUGAUUCCCGACGAAACAAUCAUAUACAAGCCAGAGGAGCUGCUCAACAAAGUGACAUUCCACUUGAGGUACCUUCCGUUGCACUGGAAAAAUGCGCUUCACACCAAAACGGUCAGAAACGAGUUUUCGUCGCUAUUUCACUACAAAAUUGCGAUCUUUUUGCACGAAAUGCUAAGCAUCGUUUUGACGCCCAUCAUCAUGUGCUUUUCGCUUCCAAAAUGCUCAACCGCAAUCAUUAGCUUUUUCAAGGACUUUUCUGUACAUGUGGACGGCCUCGGGUAUGUUUGCUCUUUUGCCCUCUUUGAUUUCUAUAAAAAUGGAAAUCCCAAGUAUGGAUGCGUAACGGAGCCGAAAAAGAAUCAAAACAUGCACUACUUUCAAUCUGAGCAUGGAAAGAUGGAGAAAUCCUUUCUCAACUUCAAAGAAAAGUUUCCCGAAUGGACACCUGGUCCCUCUGGUACGAUGUAUCUUAGCCGGCUCCUUGAUUUCGGUGCCAAGACCCUUAAAAAGCAACCGGCAAGGCAACUGCCGCCACUCGGCUCGUAUGCAAAGCCGAAAAAUCCGCAAAGCGGCUUAUCAGUUACGUCUCCCAUAAGAAAUAUUGGGCUUUCUAUUCUUGCAGGAUCAGAGUCUGCUCCAUUCACACCUGAGGAUGAGUAUAAAUUAAGAAUAACAUCGUCAUCGUCUUCCGAUGAUCAAUGUGAUGAGGGCGAUCAUCUGGACAUGAACUCUACUUCUGCGGGCUUUGGUGUCAACCUCGCAAAAUCGCGAUCAAGAGGCAAAAGACUUGUCUCCUCAAAUAAAAAUCAAGCCAACUCGGAGAGUCUACUAGAUCUGGUGAAUAAGUAUGUCGAUAAUCAGAGUCAAGUGUAA